GCACGGCACGGCAGCGCUGGUCGUAGGACGAGAGUGUACACAAUAGACUUAAUUUGUCUGUGAGUAGUUAUUGAUAGAGAUUUAUUUGUUCUUUAUCUCAUCUAAAGCUUAAUAUUGACCGGACUAAGGUGAUCCUGCGACUGGGAUUCAGUUUCUUCAGGCCCCUCGCAAUUCAUCCUUGCCAUGCAGGCAGAUUUUGAUCCACAAAAUUAUAUAUAGUACACGACUCUCGCCCGAAUUCACCUUGUUCCAUUUUCUGGCAAUUGAGAUGGAUGCAACUGCUUGCAAUCUACCGUUGUGUGGAAUUCAUCACUUCUAUUCCAAUUCAAUGGAAGUUCAAGCUGGAAAGUCCAUGUUCGCGGUGAAGGUUCCUCAAUCUUUGAAGUCCAGCUCAUUUCGUCUUCCCUGGGGCGGUUCUUCGAAGCUGAAGUUGAAAUCAAGAUCGAGCGUCCUAGUAUUGGCUUCCAGUUCGAACUCUGUGUAUGAAUCUUCUGCGUCGGCGAAAAUUGAGAACGAUGAUGACGGAGGUCUUGUUUGCCCUCCUGGCUAUCAGCCCACGCCUGCUAAUCGCGAGCUGCGGACUCCUCACAGCGGGUAUCACUUUGAUGGGAGUACUCGGAAAUUCUUUGAAGGUUGGUACUUCAAGGUAUCAAUUCCACAGAAGAGGCAGAGUUUCUGUUUCAUGUACUCUGUGGAGAACCCUGCAUUUCCUAAGAAAUUAACGACACCCGAAAUCGUACAACAUGGACCCAGGUUUACAGGAGUUGGAGCACAGAUUCUUGGUGCUUAUGACAAAUACAUAUGCCAAUACUCUGAAGAGUCUCAAAACUUUUGGGGAAGUAGGCAUGAACUGAGUCUGGGCAACUGUUUUGCAUCUAAAGGAGGGUUUAAGUCUCCAAACAAGGAAGUUCAUCCAGAGGAGUUCAAUAGUAAGGUCGAGGAAGGUUUUCAAGUCACUCCACUUUGGCAUCAAGGAUUUAUUCGUGAUGAUGGCAGGACAAACUAUUUGGAAACUGUAAAAACUGCUCGUUGGGAAUACAGUACCCGCCCAGUUUAUGGCUGGGGAAAUGUUGGAUCUAAGCAGAAGUCAACAGCUGGCUGGCUUGCAGCAUUUCCAGUAUUUGAACCUCACUGGCAAAUAUGCAUGGCAGGAGGGUUAUCCACAGGUUGGAUUGAGUGGGAGGACGAAAGGUUUGAGUUUGUAAAUGCCCCUUCAUACUCUGAAAAGAAUUGGGGUGGAGGAUUUCCCAGAAAAUGGUUUUGGGCUCAGUGUAAUGUUUUUGAAGGUGCUCGUGGAAAUGUUUCUCUUACGGCUGGUGGAGGUUUGAGACAACUUCCUGGAUUGACGGAAACCUUUGAAAAUGCUGCAUUGGUUGGAGUCCACUAUGAUGGAAUUUUUUAUGAAUUCGUGCCAUGGAAUGGAACUGUUAACUGGGAAAUAAGUUCUUGGGGCUAUUGGUAUAUUGCUGCCGAAAAUGCAACGCACAAGAUUGAAUUAGAAGCCAAAACAGACGAGCCUGGUUCACCGUUACGUGCUCCUACAACGGAACGUGGGCUUGACACAGCUUGCAAAGAUACUUGUUUUGGUAUCUUGAAAUUGCAAAUGUGGGAACGAAGAUUUGAUGGCAGCAAGGGCAAGAUUGUAUUGGAUGUCACAAGUAACAUGGCGGCAUUGGAAGUUGGAGGAGGGCCUUGGUUUAACACCUGGAAGGGAGAAACUACCACCCCAGAGAUCCUCAAGCGUGCUCUUACAACACCUAUUGAUGUGGAACAAGCUUUUAACUUGCUUCCCCUCUUCAAACCUCCUGGCUUGUAGACGACAAUGACGACAAUUACGAACCAUCAAGGUCGUGCUGGUUCGGGCAACCUUCGUAGCCUAUAGUUUAGUCCUCGAACUUCCAACAAUUUGCAGGGUAGAGCUACUUUUCUAUGUUUGGGUUCAGCUCAUUUUUAGUUAAAAACAUGUGAAAAAUAGUUUUUAAUUAGAAACCGAGACUGGAAAGUAUAUAUAAACAUCAACUCUCGUGGAGCUUGAAUGGUUGU